CUUUCUUUAACUCACUUCCUCUUCUGCUUAAUUUUAACACUCUCUGGGCGGUUCACACUGCACGGCUUUCGCAGCACCACAGCUCAGCAUAAAAUGGACACACUUCAAGGUGGCAAAGCAUAUGGACUGCUCAAAUCUCAACAAGAAGAAAAACUUAACUCUAUCAAUGAAGCUUUUCUAUCUGAUGAAAAGUAUGCAGAAGAGGAAGAACUCGCUUCAAAACUGGAAUUGUUUAAAAAGAAAUAUAUGGAGUUUGACCUAAAUGACAAAGGCGAAAUAGACCUAAUGGGUUUAAAGCAGAUGCUUGAGAAACUUGGAUUGGCCAAGACACACUUAGAACUGAAGAAGAUGAUGUCAGAGGUGGUUGGAGGGUCAUCAAAGGACACCAUUUGCUACCAUGACUUCCUCAACAUGAUGCUGGGGAAGAGGAAUGCUAUUUUAAAGUUGAUCUUGAUGUUUGAAGGCAUGGGAAAGGAGCAGGAGGCAAAACAAUCAGGUCCACCGUGUCGGAAAACCUUCUCAGAUUUGCCUUGAAAAAGUCAGCAGUAUCAUUUAAAAUAUGGCUCUGUUGCGAAGCUACUACUCAAACAUUUACCAACAAACAUAACUGAACAAACCAGAGAAAUGUUGCAAGUGCUUAGUGUACUCCUUUUCAUUAUAAAAGUAAGUUAGUAAGUCACUCUGUACUCUUACCCUAAACAA